UUGUGGCUGGUGUGUGUGCACCGCCCGGGCUGCUCCUGCACCGGCGCUCGGUCGGAGGGGAGGCGGUGGCGCGUCCCGGCGAGGCUCUCGACCCCUGCUGUCCCGGCUGGACGGCCCGGUGGUGCCCCUUGAGGCACGCGCCGACGCUGUGCUUUCACCCGGAAGCUAAAGCGGGUGCGUGCCGCGGGCUGCCGACGAAGACAGGACCCUCCCCAAGCACAAAACCCAGUUGUACUAAGGUUUUUGUAUGGCGAUGGAAUCCAGAGCAGUUUCAACGUUAAAACCUCAGGAUCAAGAAGAAUUAAUACUAGUAAAAAUAGAAGAUAGUUUCUCUUGGAGUGAGAAAUGUAAACAGAAUGGGAGUACCCAAACUUGCCAAGAAUUGUUUCGCCAGCAGUUCAGGAAGUUUUGCUACCAUGAAACACCUGGGCCCAGAGAGGCUCUGGGUCGACUCCAGGAACUUUGCUAUCAGUGGCUAAUGCCAGAGUUGCACACAAAGGAGCAGAUCCUAGAAUUGCUAGUGCUGGAGCAGUUCCUGAGCAUCUUACCUGAGGAGCUGAAGAUAUGGGUUCAACAACAUGGUCCAAGAAGUGGUGAGGAAGCUGUGAAUCUGCUGGAGGAUUUGGAGAAAGAGUUUGAUGAUCCAGCGCAGCAGGUCCCAGAUAGUCCACAAGGACCAUCAGUGUCAUGGAAAGAUAUGACAUAUCUCAGAGCAUCCCAAGACUCAACAAGCAUCCAAGUCCGGCCUUUGAAGACACAGCUGAAAUCCUGGAAACCCUGCUUUUCCUCUAAAAGUGAUUCAAAGAAUAAUGAAACAACAGCAAACGACAUUUCAGAAGAAAAGUCACCAGGACUGUCUUGGGAUCCUUCACUUAGAGGUGUUAGUGAGCACAAAAGCAAUUUAGAGUGGCAGCAAAGAAGCCCCCCUCCUCUCCAUAGGGGUAGUUUUAGUCAAGUGAUCUUCACACACAAGUCCUUAGCAAAAAGAGACCAUCACGAUGAAUCUCAAAGAUGCUUAAUUCUAAGUACAAACUCUGUAACAUGUCAGAAAGUUUCUCCAGAAGAUAAACCUUACAGAUGUGAUGUAUGUGGGCAUAGCUUUAAACAGCAUUUCUCUCUAACACAACAUCAGAGAAUCCAUACUGGAGAAAAGCCCUAUAAAUGUAAUCAGUGUGGGAAGGCCUUUAGUUUGAGGUCAUAUCUCAUUAUUCAUCAGAAAAUCCAUAGUGGUGAAAAAGCAUAUGAAUGUAGUGAAUGUGGAAAAGCCUUCAACCAGAGCUCAGCCCUCACUAGACAUCGGAAAAUUCAUACAGGUGAGAAAGCGUGUAAAUGUAAUGAGUGUGGCAAAGCAUUCAGUCAAAGUUCUUAUCUAAUUAUACAUCAGAGAAUUCACACUGGUGAGAAGCCCUAUGAGUGUAAUGAAUGUGGGAAAACCUUUAGCCAGAGCUCAAAGCUUAUUAGACAUCAGCGAAUUCAUACAGGAGAGAGGCCCUAUGAAUGCAAUGAAUGUGGGAAAGCCUUCAAGCAGAGCUCAGAGCUGAUUACCCAUCAGAGGAUACACAGUGGAGAGAAACCCUAUGAAUGUAGUGAGUGUGGGAAAGCCUUCAGUCUGAAUUCAAACCUCAUAAGACAUCAGAGAAUUCACAGUGGAGAGGAACCGUAUCAAUGUAAUGACUGUGGCAAAACCUUCAAAAGGAGCUCAGCCCUUGUUCAGCACCAGAGAAUCCAUUCUGGGGAUGAAGCUUAUAUAUGUAAUGAAUGUGGGAAGGCUUUUAGGCACAGAUCAGUGUUGAUGCGCCAUCAGAGAGUCCAUGCUGUUAAGUAACUUAAUACAAUGACUGGUAAAUAGUAUAUUUUUCUCUGUAUUAGCCAGAAGGUUGACUUUGGAGCAAGAUUCCAUAAAGGUAGUUUUAAAAAACAAAUGGUCUUUAGUCAGUCUAACUUGCUUUGUGUAGCACUUCCCAAUGCAGUGCAAAUUUUCUUUGAAACUUGCUGUGAUUUACCACAAGAUAUAAGGCCAUUACUCUGAGCUAUGCUCUUAACAUUAGGAAUACUCAGGAAAAUAAAAACAAAAAGUAAUGUAA